GGUGCUGGAGAGUCUGGAAAGAGUACGAUUGUCAAACAGAUGAAGAUUAUCCAUCAAGAUGGGUACACAGAGGAAGAAUGCUUGGAGUUCAAAUCAAUUAUCUAUGGCAACGUGCUUCAGUCAAUCCUAGCCAUAAUCCGUGCAAUGACCACUCUUGGCAUUGACUUCAGUGACUCAAGUAAAGCGGAUGAUGGCCGUAUUCUUUGCCAUCUCGCUGACUCUAUAGAGGAAGGUACAAUGCCUCCAGAACUUGUGGACUGUAUCAAGAAGCUCUGGAAGGAUGAUGGUGUACAGGCCAGUUUUGAAAGAGCAGCUGAAUAUCAGCUCAAUGACUCUGCUGCAUAUUACUUGAAUCAGCUGGAUAGGAUCACAGCAUCUAACUAUGUUCCAAAUGAACAAGAUGUCCUCCGAUCUCGAGUGAAAACUACAGGAAUCAUUGAGUCGCAGUUUUCCUUUAAAGAUCUUCAUUUCAGGAUGUUUGAUGUGGGAGGACAGAGGUCAGAGCGUAAAAAGUGGAUUCACUGCUUUGAAGGAGUCACCUGCAUUAUAUUUUGUGGUGCACUAAGCGCUUACGACAUGGUUCUGGUGGAAGAUGAAGAAGUGAACCGAAUGCAUGAAUCCCUUCAUUUGUUC